GUGGUGGAUGUCGGCACGAACUUCUCGCAGAUGGCCAUCCUAGGCUUCAUCCUGCUGUUGGGCACAUUCUGCGCGCUGUGGGGCUACAUCCAAGACGAGCUCAUGCGCGAGCAGCUGAAGACGGGCAAGGACAAGUCGGGUGUGCCCUACCACCUGGGCGGCGACGGUGUUGUCUCCCCGCUGACUGUCCUGGAUCCCAUCGCCUACAACUACACCGACAACAAGAACCUCUUCCUGGCCGUGACCUUUUGGCGGGUGCUCAAGCGAGACCAUGCCCUACUCAGCCCUGUGUUUUAUCACGAGGUUUUCUCGCGGCCUCAGAGGAUCCUGUGCUUAGGCGUGCUGGCCACCGGUGUCAUGGCAGUGAAUGCCGUGAUUUACGGCAACCCGACCUUGGCUGUGUCGGGCGAUCAGUUCAUCGCCAGCGGUGUGUUGUCGGCCUUGCUGGCCUUUCCGCUCUUCAGCGCGGUGACCUUCAUGUUCCAAACGCGGCCUACCCCCGCCAAGAAGCGGCUCGUCAAGAAGGCCGCGAACUUCGACCAGACGGAGGCGAUCUCCAAGGUCCGUCGAGACAUCGAGGAAAAGUCGACACUGGCUCCUCCACCCGGCUACAUGAACCUGCCGGCCCUACCCCCAGCGCCGGGCAGCGUGGUGGGAGGAACGACGCUUUUGGCUCUGCCCCCGCCCAUGAUGUCGCUGCCACCACCGACGAAUGCGCUGAACAGCCAGUUUGGGCUGCCUUCGCCAGGGCCGCCACGCCUGCCCAUGGCCUUCGGGGACUCCCAGCCUGCUUUGCCGGGGCUGCCAGGAAUGCCUGCUCUGCCCGGCUUGCCGCCACUUCCCACGUUGAAG